ACCACUUUAGCCUGACACACGCAUAACCAAACGCCUGCGCAGUCGACGACUUCGCUUUCAUCCGCGACUUUAGAGGCCGCGGCGCCGAAACAACGACAAAAUGCCCGCGCGAGCAUCCACGAGAUCGUCGAGAACGUCCUCGGCUAUCGUGAAGAAGACUUCAACCGCCACUCUGGGCUCCCGUGGGUCUGUCGCAUCGCGCGCAUCGUCUGCCGCCGUCGUCGAGUAUGUUGAUACACCGGGGAGCGCGCUACGCACGCAGAUUUGCGCCGUGUUUCGCGACGCGCAGAGGACGACAGCGACACACAGGAAGCUGGCCGUCAACCUUCGCAAGAUCCACGAGGCCUGCUGUUACGAACCAACAAACAGCACAGGGCCGUCAAGCGAAUUCGACGAGGAGGCGUUCAACAAAGAGUUUGUCCGAUGCGUUUUGCGCAUCAUGCCUGUGAAGAAGGCCGAAGGCGUCGGAGAGAGGUCCAUUAGAUUCAUCGGCUUCUAUCUUCGCCUCGCAGGUGAUAAGGACAACGAGAUCCUCGGCGAUCUCGGCGCGGAUACAAGCUUGAUGCCAGAGACGCCGACCACGCGACUGACUUCGGAGCUUCUUGAGUCUGUGCUACCUUUAAUGGCUGCCAAGGACAAAUUUGUUCGAUUCAGAUCCACUCAGCUCAUGUCGCACAUCAUCAACUCGCUCGACGCUAUCGACGACGACUUGUUCCAGAAGCUCCGGCACGGGCUUCUCAAACGAAUCCGCGACAAGGAGGCCAUGGUCCGCUCGCAGGCUGUGCUAGGCCUCGGCCGACUUGCUGGCAACCAGUCCGAGGGCUGCACCAACUCGGACGACAGCGACGAUGACCAGGCCACCGAUUUGCUGGGCAAACUUCUCGACGUGAUGCAGAAUGACCCGAGUGCCGACGUACGAAAGUCUCUUCUUGUCAAUCUUCCUAUUCUUCCGAAUACUCUUCCAUAUCUGUUAGAAAGAGCCCGAGAUCAGGAUCCCGCCACUCGGAGAGCCGUAUAUUCCCGAUUGCUGCCCGCACUGGGAGAUUUCCGACACUUGUCUCUGUCGAUGCGUGAGAAGCUCCUUCGAUGGGGGCUGCGAGACCGCGAUGAAAACGUGCGCAAAGCAGCCGGUAGGCUUUUCAGAGAUCGAUGGAUCGCAGACUGCGCGGGUACGGCGCAACAAGACGAAGGCAACACGGCAGAGCCAGCACCGCCGAGCUUCGAUGGUCUUCUGGAGCUCCUUGAGCGAAUUGAUGUCAUCAACUCUGGCGUCGAGAAUGGUGUCGCGCUGGAGGCCAUGAAGGGCUUCUGGGAGGGCCGGCCAGACUAUCGCGAGGCUGUGACACUGGACGAUACUUUCUGGGAGACUCUUUCCGCCGAAUCCGUCUUCAUGGCGCGAAGCUUCAACGAAUUCUGCCGCAAUGAAGGCAACGGCCGAUACGAGGCGCUGGUCGAGGAGAAGCUGCCCGAAGUCACAAAGUUGGCCUUUUAUCUGGAGCGCUACAUGCACGCCCUGGUCGAGGCCCUUCAGAGGGUUGCUCAACAGGAAGCGGACGAGGAGGAAGAGGAGGACACGGUCGAGCAAGAGUUCAUUGUGGAGCAACUGCUUCACAUUGCCCUGACGCUCGAUUACUCCGACGAGGUGGGACGCCGCAAGAUGUUCACCCUGCUGCGCCAGUCGCUCUCCAUUGCAGAUCUGCCAGACGAGGUGACCAAGCUCACGGUCGAGGUUCUGCAGUACAUUUGUGCCCCAGAUGCUGCCGGUGAGCGAGAGUUCUGCAGCAUCGUUCUUGAAUCUGUUGCAGACGUACACGAUACCAUUGUUGACGAUCCGCCUGCCGACGAUGUCGAGGACAGCUUCCACUCUGCCAAGUCCGAGGUCAGCCAUGGGAGCGCGCCGUCCAACGAGAAGCGCGGCAAGGGCGCGGACGUGAGCGAGGAAGACGCUCGUGAGAAAGCUGUUAGGGAGAUUGUCGUCAACAUGAAGUGUCUUCACAUCGUCCAGUGCAUGCUCACGCACGUGGCCGGCAACCUCAAGGACAACGCAGACUUGGUAUCGAUGCUCAACAAUCUAGUUGUUCCAGCCGUGCGAAGUCACGAGGCACCUGUCCGGGAACGCGGCUUGGUGUGCCUAGGACUCUGCGCAUUGCUGGACCGCUCGCUCGCCGAGGAGAACCUGGGUCUAUUCAUCCACUUCUUCAGCAAGGGCCAUACUGCGCUUCAGAUCACUGCACUCCACAUCCUUACCGACAUCUUGAAUGUGCACGGGGCGCAGCUGCUUUCCCCGACGCCCGGUCUGCUCAAGGUCUACGUCAAGGCCGUCAAGGGCACAUCAAAGGCUCCUGAAGUGCAGGCGGCCGCGACGGUUGCGGCCUCGAAACUGCUGCUCGGCCGGGUCGUGAGCGACGAAGAGGCGUGCGAAGAGUUGCUGAAGUCUCUCGUCGUUGCCUACUUCGACCCCUCGUCUGCGUCAAACCAGACUGUCCGACAGGCACUGAAUUACUUCCUGCCGGUGUUUUGCUACUCGAGAAGCUCCAACCAGGAUCUCAUGCGGGCCGUCGCCCUGCAGGCCUUGCAUUCGCUUCUCAACCUGCGCGAGGGCUUGGAGGACGAUGACGUGGACGUGGGAGAGGACAUGGUCAGCAUGACGGCCAUCGGAGCCUGCCUUGUUGACUGGACAGACCCUCGCAAAUGCUACACGCCCGGUGUACUCGCCGAUGCAGACAAGAAGAAUGUCAACGGAGAUGUUCACCUUGAUCUCGGGCGAGACAUAAUGGAGCGACUGCGCAGUAACAUCAGUAAAGAGGAGAAGAAGGUGGCCGCCGGCCUCCUCGGCAAGCUUUACAUCUCGCCCACCUCCUCGGAAGAAAAGAUCCGGGAGCUGUACGCCGAGGUCAGCGAGGCGGUGGAAGAUGGCAUCGUGUCUGAUGCCACCAGCCGCAACUCGCUGUACAAGAUCCACGUCAGCCUGGGCAAGAUUGUCAACAGCCUCGACGAGCAGCUGCCGGCGCACAGGCGCACGAGCCGAAGCGUGUCGAUCCUGACGGACAGGCACCCCAGCGAGGACAAGACGGUCAUGGAGGAGUCCAGGAUCAAGGAGGAGGAGGAGGACAGCGAGGGGACCAUUGUGCCCAAGCAGGAGGACAAGGAAUCGCUUGUUGACGAGCUGCUGUCCGACGACGAGGAUACCAAGAUACAGGACGCUUGAGAGACGUGGUGAUGAGGCGUGUAUUAGUGGACAUUGGGAACGGCUUGGCCUUUGCGAUGAGUGGCAUGAUGGGAAUGAAAGUUUGCUGAUGAUACCUGUGGAUGGACGCUGCAAAUUAUUUUGGAACUGUUUGGGCUUGCACCUCUCUCUAUUCUUUGUUUCUGGUCCUUGACAUAGUACAGUACCCUGCAUCUAGCUUUACAUCUGACACUUUA